AUGCUGAUAGAAGCCCCCCAAAUCGAUUUGAAAUCGUUCCAACAUGCAUGCAUUAAUGUUAUAGACAAUAAAUACUGGUUUCACGAGACAUCUGCUGAAGGGUUUCCCGGGCAAGCAUUUGCAUUGGAAAUCGACCAGAUAUUGUAUCACGUCCAUUCUCAGUACCAGGACAUAUUGAUAUUCAAAUCAACCACGUUUGGCAAUGUGUUAGUGUUGAAUGGCAUAAUCCAAUGUACCGAAAGAGACGAAUUUGCAUAUCAGGAGCUUAUUACCCAUUUGCCAAUAAUGUGCCAUGCAAGCCCAAGAAGGGUCUUGGUAAUCGGCGGAGGAGACUGCGGAGUGGUCCGAGAGCUCAUUAAACACCUCGACGAGGGAGUAGAUGAAAUAACAAUGGUCGAAAUCGACGACAUGGUUAUUAAAUUGCUGGCUAAAUUCUUACCAGAGAUGGCCAAGUUUCAUGAUCACCCUCGAGUUAAGAUGAUCAUCGAUGAUGGGUUUAAGUAUUUGAAAUCACUCUCUGCACAGGCCCAUGAGAAGUACGAUGUCAUAAUCACCGACUCGUCCGACCCAGAUGGCCCUGCAGAGGACUUUUUCCAAACAAAUUACUUCAAAUUGUUGUCUAACGCAUUGAAUCCGGACGGAAUUGUCAUUAUGCAAAGCAGUGAAAAUAUAUGGUUAAACAUAAACUACUUGAGUCAAUUGAUGCAAAAGGCUAAUCGGGUGUUUAACAACGUUGCCUACAGUCAAUGCUACAUGCCCAGCUACACCAGUGGCCAAUUGGGAUUAAUAGUUGCUACCAACGACACGUCGAAUGUCCUUAGCAUUCCGUCCAGAAAGUUUUCCCCGGAAAAGGAACUCCAUUUGUUCAAGUACUACUCGAGCAGCGUCCACCAAGCGUCGUUUGUGUUACCUACAUGGGCUCACAAAACCCUAAAUAAUAAUUAG